AAUUCUUCACCCUCCAUUUUUGCACCGGGAGAGGUAAGCAGGGUGAACAAGCUUCUUAUACAGCCUGUAUUAAUGGCUGGCCAUGGCAGACUCUCUGUCAAGGUUCCACGUGGACAUUCCUCAUUGGAAGAGGAUCCUAACAUAGAGAUUAAUAAUUUAUAUGGAAUACAUGGCAAAGGUGAGACUGAAACUAGCAAGGCUUCUAGUGCUUUCCGUGGUGGACCACUGGAAAGACAAGAAGACUCUGCAGUAACAAAUGGUCAGACAGAUUCUUCAUCCUCGAGGAUUUAUAUUUCAGUGCGUCAGCAAGAUAUUCUCCGGGACCAACAAGAUGGAGUAAUUAUUAAAAAGGAGGUUGAUCUAGAUGGUCAUGAAGAUCAGCUUUGCCAUAUUUCACAAGCAACCUCUUCAACACAGGUGAGAAACAGAGGUAGAAAGAGGGCAUCAUUGGAAGAACAGUUGGAAGACAGAGCUCUUAUGAGCCUACAGGUGAAGGGGAUGCUGAGUCCCAAUCCAGUGCUAAACAGCGAGGUCGAGGAAGGGGCAGAGGCCGAAAACCAAAGCGAUCAGUGGAUUCCAUAUCUCUUUCGCUGCAGUCACAGUUGCUGCAAAACAAUGUCCAGAGGGAAACAGAAUCUCGUAGAAAGUCUUCAGUGCCCAGGAGGUCUACCAUUCAAUUGCAUGAUACAGAAUCUUCAAGACUUUCGGAAAGCUGUGAUUUUGAUAGUGAUUUACUCCGACCUUAUGCUAGUCUCAUAGAAAACAGCUGGCCUUUACCUGAUAGUCAAGAUAGGGCACAGCUUAAAAGAAGCUGGACAGUGCAACAUAGCUACGACAGAAUUGCAGAUCUAACAUCUUCAAAUACACUUUCUGAACCAGAAUUCCAGGCAUCUCCAUCAAGGUCAAUGCUAAACAAAGACAUGAAAGCACGACAAAGUGGUGGUCGAAAUCGAAGCAGAAGCAGUGGGGCUACAUCUACUAUGAAAAGUAUCAGGAGUUGGCAUGUUCAGAAAACUGUGGCAUAUCAACAGGUCUUCCAUACAAAAGUGCACCAGAUAUCAGCAUCUCCCCUGCACUGGAUUCCACUUCAGCAUCAGAUGAAGAAGAGAGCACAGGCAAGGGAAAUCAAAGUCGUGGAGGAGGGCGAGGUUCUCGGAGAGGAAAACGUGGUGGUCGUCGUGGUGGAAAGCAGCCAGGGAGAUCAGAUACAAAAAACAACAGAAGUAUCGAGGCUCAGUCUGAAGGGGAAGGUCAUUUUAUCAACAGGGAGGAAGAAAUUUUUG